AUGGGAGUCCCGGGUCUAGCCUCACAAAUCCACAAAUACGGCAGCUACACCUCAAUCCCCCAAACCAAAAGCCGCCGCAACGAUCGUAUUGCAGCGGUCAUAGACGGCCCUUCUCUCGCCCACUCGCUGUACCGACAUGGUAAUUACCAAAGUGGCAAAGACGGCAUCGUUGCUCAAUGCGACCAUAGAGCAAUCGGCAAAGCCGCCGUAGCCUGGCUGGACAGAUUGCGCUCAUAUGGCUUCGAAAUAGAAGGCAUCUACUUCGACGCCGCCCUGCCCGCCUACAAAACCCAGAUCCGCCUGGACCGCAUGCAAGGCUACGUCAACCGUCUUAUCAAUUUCAAACAGAACCACGACCAGAUUUCUAAAUCCCGCCAGGUCCCAGGUUUCAGCCAUCUCGAUAGUCGUGCAUAUCGUGCCCUAGAGAAAGCCAGGGACGGAUUGCCGCCACCGCCUUUUUUGGUCUUUGCGGUCGUUGAAGCGCUUUUGAGGAGUAGAUAUGCCGAGCGAACGUGGUGUGUUGACGGGGAGGCGGAUGGGUAUUGCGCAGCUGCUGCGGAGGAAGCCGGUGGGAAGAAGGGUGGGAGGGGAAGUGUGGUGUUUACAAAUGAUUCGGAUCUGGUCCUUUUCAACUUCCAGGCUGAGGUGAAGGUCGCUUUGAUUAACGAGAUGAAGGAGACGGGUGGUCCGGAAGGCAAUAGGCUGGAGCUUUAUCAGUUCGAUCCUGCCGCUUUCAAGGUCAACGGACAGGCGCCUGAUUUGGUCGCAUGUGCUUUCUACAUGAAAGAGCAACAGGGCACGUUGGCGGAAGCUCUCCGGCAGAGUGACCUGGCUGAACUGGUUUCAGAGGAGUAUGCUGCUUUUCGAGAUCUGUACGACAUAAGGAGAUGGAGCGCGAAGCUGAACGAGCAGCGAGCCCGCAGACAGGAAGGUCGAGAUGUCCUACCAAUGGACUCGCGGAUCUCGGAGCCGAUAUGUCAGGCCAGAAGUCGUCAUACGAGGGACGACCACCUGGCGAUGUACCUACCCGUCCUUUUCGAAGAUCCCACCCGCUCAACAGCAUGGAAGAUUGGGUCUUCUUUCCGUGAAGCUGCACAGAUGAUCAUCUUGAGCGCAUCGAGAGCAACGUCGCUGCUCGAGUACCGGAGAAGUGGUAUACGAACCGUUCCAGCCAGGGUCGAGAAAGUGUCUAUCCAAGCGAUCGACAAGCAUCUACGAAACCUGGAAGCGUUCUUGGGUGGCUGCAGUGCGGUGGCACUGACGGGCUUCGAGCGAUGGAGAUACCUUGUGAUGCAGCUGGCAUUACAGGACAUGCUUGAGCAGGACAUCGCGCUGCCGGCCAAGAACGACAUCGCAGAAGUGCUUGCUGGCGAGCCGCAGAGGACGUGGCAGCUGGUGCAUCUUUCCGCUCAGUUCCAAGCGCAGUAUUACUCUGUUCGUAUGUUGCAGCAGGUCUGGCGCUGGUGGGAGGGCGAGACGAGUCCGGACGACCAGAUCGUGGUUUCGGACAGACUCAAGGACGUUCUUGAGGGCCUGCCAGUUAUCGUUGACUUCUCCUCCAGCAGCGUGAGUGCUGGCUCGGACGUAUCACGGAUCCAAUGGCAACAACUGGCCGAUGAGCUGUUGGAGAGCUUGUCUCUUGGCAGCGAUACAUCGAUGCUGGAGGAUGGCGAGGACGGUGAUCGGGAUACGGCGGAAGUGCCCGAUGCAAGCAUGGCCAACAACCCGUUUGCUGCUCUAAGGGAAUCGACAUGA